AAACCUGACUCAGGCAGGCAGCUGCGGCUAUUAAAACAGCGCCGGCCCGCACGCGUCCCUGCUGGGGUGAGGGCCACCGCCGCCGCCGAGCAACGAUGAAGCUAGCCAACUGGUGGGGGCUGAGCUCGGCUGUCCUUGCGGCUUAUGGCGUUUUGGUUGUGGCGAACAAUGAAACGGAGGAAGUUAAAGAUGAAAUGGCCAAGGAUGCCUGCCCGGUGAGACUAGAAAGCAGAGGGAAAUGCGAGGAGGGUAGCGAAUGCCCCUACCAGGUGAGCCUGCCGCCACUGACCAUUCAGCUCCCGAAGCAGUUCGGCAGGAUCGAGGAGGUGUUCAAGGAAGUCCAGAACCUCAAGGAAAUGGUAAAUAGCCUCAAGAAAUCUUGCCAAGACUGCAAGCUGCAAGCUGACGACAGCCGAGACCCGGGCAGAAAUGGACGGCUGUUACCUAGCCCAGGAGCGCUAGGAGAAGCCGAUGACAACAGAGUUCGAGAAUUAGAGAGUGAGGUUAACAAGCUGUCCUCUGACCUAAAGAAUGCAAAGGAGGAGAUCGAUGUGCUUCAGGGUCGCCUGGAGAAGCUCAACCUUGUAAAUAUGAACAACAUAGAAAAUUAUGUUGACAGCAAAGUGGCAAAUCUAACAUUUGUAGUCAAUAGUUUGGAUGGCAAGUGUUCAUCUAAGUGUCCCAAUCAAGAAGAAAUACAGUCACGUCCAGUUCAACAUCUAAUAUAUAAAGAUUGCUCUGACUACUACACAAUAGGCAAAAGAAGCAGUGAGACCUACAGAGUCACCCCGGAUCCCAAAAACAGUAGCUUCGAAGUUUAUUGUGACAUGGAGACCAUGGGGGGAGGCUGGACAGUGCUGCAGGCACGUCUCGAUGGAAGUACCAACUUCACCAGAACAUGGCAAGACUACAAAGUAGGCUUUGGGAACCUCAGAAGAGAAUUUUGGCUGGGGAACGAUAAAAUUCAUCUUUUGACCAAAAGUAAAGAAAUGAUUCUAAGAAUUGAUCUUGAAGACUUUAAUGGUGUCAAACUCUAUGCCUUGUAUGAUCAAUUUUAUGUGGCCAACGAGUUUCUCAAAUACCGUUUGCACAUCGGUAAUUAUAACGGCACAGCUGGAGAUGCCUUACAUUUCAGUAAACAUUACAACCAUGAUCUGAAGUAUUUCACCACCCCAGAUAGAGACAAUGAUCGGUAUCCCUCUGGGAACUGUGGGCUCUAUUACAGUUCAGGCUGGUGGUUUGAUGCAUGUCUUUCUGCAAACUUAAAUGGCAAAUAUUAUCACCAAAAAUAUAGAGGUGUCCGUAAUGGGAUUUUCUGGGGCACCUGGCCUGGUAUAACUGAGGCACACCCUGGUGGCUACAAGUCCUCCUUCAAAGAGGCUAAAAUGAUGAUGAGACCCAAGCACUUUAAGCCAUAAAUCACUAAACUCAUUCCUCUGGGUAUUUAUUACCUAAUACGGCAAUUAAUUCCUUGAGCACUUUGGAAUAUGUUUUAUACUCCUUUACUAUGACUAAAAAUUUAUCUCUAGGUAUAGGUUCUUAUGCUACACAGCAUUUGAAAUAAAGCGGAAAAAGCACACAUUUUAUAGGCGUCUUUUGUUGGUGUUAUACUGUUAUCCAGAUGAAUAUUUGCAAAGCAAUUGGGAGUGUUGAGAAUUACACAUUAGAUUUAUGAUUCCCUUAAUUUCUAUUAAUUGAAAGAUUUUCUAUUUACUUAUGUUACUUGCUAUAAUUAUGAAAUCAUUGUUUAUUUAGCAGGCUAGAUUUUUACACAAGUAAUCUGUAUUUUGAUUGUGACUUAAAUACCUUUUUUUCAGGCUAUAGUCAGUUAUUGGCUAUUUAUGUCUCUAAAUACUUUAAUCCUCAUUCUGAGAUAAACCUUCUCAAUUUAUGGCAUUUCUUUUGGGUCAGGAAGACCCUACAGCAUUUUAGCUCCCAGACAAAGGGAAAUACAUGUAAUUAAACCUGUUCAUGUACUAUUUGUGAAAUGUAAAAUAUUUGUCAUUUAAAAUAUUUUGGUGGUAGCAUAAUGUCACUCCUAAAAGCAUUCAGAAAAUUAAUUCAACCUUAAAGACCAUGAUUUAAAGGUUAUUAAUUCACAGUUGAUAACUCUUUAGGUGUUGGAUGGUUAAAACUGCUUUACUAUAAAAAUUAGCUUCCUUUGCUUUGAUUGCACAACAGUUUUUAAUUUAAGAUUGCUCAUUACUGUGCAUGACUACUGGUAGGCUUUCUUUUGGAAGGGUAGGUGUGGGUGGGGAAUGAAGCAUUUAUUUAUAGACUAGAUUACUCUGAGGGCCAAAGCAUUUAUAUCCAAAGCAAUAUUUUCAUUAAGUGAUUCACUUCAUAGAAAGCUAAGUUUUAUAAGACAUAUGUAUUUUGAUAUAUAUAGAAUAGUAGUUCAAAUAUUAUGUAUAUCUCAACCCUAACUGGUGUAUUGCUUAUAUUUUUAUCAGAAAAUUUAAAUACAGGUGUUUAUUUUUUUUAACCAAACUAAAAUAUAUGAAGCUUUUAUAAUUCACUAAUUCUGGAGUGCAGACCAUUUUUUAAAGAUUAUUAAAAAAAUAGUGUGUUAAAUUUAAUCAUAGUAAAAAAGGGAUCAUUUCAGAGAGAACAGUGGUAUUCUGUUGAACAUUUAAAAUAUACUCGAAUAAAAUUUGAAACAAUACACUAUACUGUAUGUGAGUCAUAGAAAUGUAUUCAGUCUUUAAUUUCUAGUUUGUUUCUACCACAGUAACUCAAAAUAUACUCAAAAAGAUGCAACUUUACUCAUAAUUUGAAAAUAAUUAAGAAGGAUAGUAGCUUUAGGAAACAAAGUAACUUUUUCAAAUAUUGCCCUUUAUAGAAAAUUCUAACCAAAAAGAAGCAAGAUACUCUUAAAAAUAUAUGACAUACAAAGUUUUCAGGUACACAUGAUGAAAAUUAAGUUAUUAUGAAUACUAUUAAAGUAUUAAGGCAAGAGAAAUGCAAAGAGAAUUGUGACAGCCAAAAUACAAAAUAUCAUGGUACAUUUCAAAAGCUUCAUAUCUACUCAAUAGUAUAACAGAUGUAAAUGUAACUGAUUUACACUUUUAUUCUUUUUUGUUUUUUUUUAAAAAUUAAGAAGAUUUUUAUUUUAUACAAUGUAUUUAUUUCACAUAAGAGAAUUUUCAUUUACUAUCUGUAAUUGUUGAUAUAUGCAUAAGUUUAAGUCAAUUCCCAUGAUCAAAAUGGACUCAUGAAGCAGGAUCUGAUCCUCUCAAACUUCUAUUUCUCACACUGAAAAAAGGAAAAUAUACGGACUCUGCGCAAAAUACAGUUCUAAAGAAAAAUAGCUCAUAAAGUGAGUAUCCACUGAUAUAAUGGGAAUGAGAUUAUCAUUUCAGAAGAUUUGCCAAAUAAUCCAUUAAUCCAUGUAAAUACUCAAAAGCUGCCUUUUAUCUUUCCACUUAUUUCAAAGGAUCAAAUUUUAUUUUCUAUUAUACUUUUAUGACACUUUUCCAAUAAAAAAUUCUGUGACAUAGAAA